AUGGUGGGGGAGCACACUAUUGGCUUUCCGUUCGGAGCCAAGGGCGUGCUGGGCACGGCUGGCGAGACCGGCCGGCCAGGCCUGCCUGGUCUCAAGGGCCUGCCGGGUGUGGCCGGCGUGCCGGGGAGGCCCGGGCUGCAGGGUGACCCAGGCCCCAAGGGCCUCUACGACCCGAGCAUCGGUGGCCCGCUGCUCGGGCCUCCCGGCGACCAGGGCGACUACGGCGCGCCGGGCCCCGCCGGCCUGCCCGGCCUGGACGGCCUGGACGGCAGGCCGGGCCCGCGCGGCUGGCGGGGCCCGCCAGGGCCCGACGGACCCGCGGGCCCGCCGGGCCGCCAGGGACCACCGGGCCCGCCCGGGCCGUCGGGCCCGCCGGGUCCGCCGGGUCUGGACGGCUUGCCCGGUCCGGACGGCACGGACGGUCUGCCGGGCCCCAGUGGCCCGCCGGGUGACGACUGUACCCCAUAUGGAGGGUCGCCGUGCCAGAAGGGCGAACGUGGGCUGGCCGGGACUGGCCCGGCCGCCCCGGCCCGGACGGGGUCCGCCGGUCCCCGCGGUCCCUUCGACCACCGGGACUGCCAGGCCUGGGGGGCACCAGGCGCGCCGGGCUUCCGCGACGGCGAGCCUGGCCCCGCCGGCCGGCCCGGCCCCGACGGCCUGGACGGGCUGCCCGGCAGCGCAGGCCUGCCCGGACUGCCGGGCGAGUACGGCGAGCCCGGUCUGCCGGGACUGGACGGCACCGACGGCCGGCCCGGACGUCCGGGCACGGACGCCGACACGUUCAACGUCUUCUACCUGAAGGGAGAGAGCGGUCCGCCCGGCCUAGACGGACCGCCGGGACUGGACGGCCCGGACGGGCCGCCGGGGGAGCCAGGAGACGCCAGCGAGCCCGAUGGCUGGCCCGGCCUGCCCGGCUUCCCCGGCGACCCGGGCUGCCCAUCCUGCCCGGCACGCCCGGACCCAGGCUGGCCCCCGGGCGCGCCCGGCGACAAGGGUGCGAGCGGCGUGUACGGCCCACCGGGGCCUCCGGGCCCGCCCGGCGAGCCCGGUUCGGCCUCCAAGCGCGGCUGCCCGGGCAAAAUCGGCCUGCCCGGCCCACCUGGCUGGCCCGGCACCAUGGGCCCGGACGGGCUGCCCGGACUGCCCGGACCGCCCGGCGACGGCCUCCCCGGCCUGCCCGGCCCGUCCGGCGGUCCCGGGGACCGCGGACCGCCUGGACCGAAUGGCCGAGUCGGUCUCAAGGGCUUGCCCGGGGACACGAACCGCCUGCCGGGCCUGCCGGGCCCACGUGGGGAUCCAGGCGUCGACGGUCGGCCGGGCCCGCGGGGUCCUCGCGGCCGGCCCGGCUCGCCCGGCUUCGGCGGCGACCGGGGCAUGCCCGGCCUGGAAGGCAUGCCCGGCCUGCUCGGACGGACCAAUAGUGUGCUGGGGUUUAUCACUGAGCACUAA